CGCUAGCUGGAGGUGAGUGGAUCCCAGCACCUGGACCGGACCGGGAUUAGGCCUCACUCCGAGGCCAAGCCUGGCUCUUGGACUCUCUCUCUCUCUCUCUAGUCAUACUGUAUUCCAAGCUGAAGGUGUUGGCAGGAGCCCGAGAUGUCCCAGGCAACGAAGAGGAAACAUGUGGUAAAGGAGGUGCUGGGAGAUUAUGAUCCGCCCUCCGAGAUACAACAGAUUGUGCGGGUGCUCGGCUCGCCGGGGAACAACCUGCACGAGGUGGAGACGGCCCAGGGGGAGCGGUUCCUCGCCAGCAUGCCCACCAAGUUUCGCAAGAACAUCUGGAUCAAGAGGGGCGAUUUCCUAAUCGUGGACCCCAUCCAGGAAGGUGAAAAGGUGAAAGCGGAAAUUAACUCGAUCCUGUACAAGGAACACAUCAAGCAGCUCAGGAAGGACGGGCUCUGGCCUGCCACUUUCUGUGACCCAGCGACAGAGUGCCCCGAGAGUAACACAAAGAAAGAUGGAAGUAACCGGGGCUCGGAGGAAGAGUCGGGGGAUGAUUCGGAAGACGACAGCGACUUGUUUGUCAACACAAACCGAAGGAAUUACGAGUAUUCGGAGAGCGAGGACGAAGAGGAAGACGAGGAGGAGCAGGGAGUUUAGAGGACAGGACAGCAGCAAAUGCUUGCUUUAAUAACUGCAGGCAAACCGUUGAUCGUUUUUUUUUUUCCUCAAAGACUGCAGAAGGGGCAAGUGCUUCAUCUGGGGUUGUGGGGGGGGAGGAGGAGAGACAUCCUUUCAGCGUCUUACCCUCUCUCCCACUGCCUUGCAGCAUGUUCCCCUGCGGGUAUCCAUUUGAAUCCUGCACCAGGCUGGCUGUGUCAUUAAUACAUCUUCUGGCAGCUCCACCAAUGACCUCCGCCAGCCAGUCCAUCCCUGUUCACCUUCUUCUCUCACCACCCCCCCCAAUCAAAUUGACUGAGGAGCUUUGGAGGCUGAUGACAACCAGUUGAUUGUGGGAUAGGAGGGUAGAUUUUGUUUGUUUGUGUGCGCACACGCCACAGUCGACCAGCUCAAGGCUUUAUCUUCCUGUCACUUAUGGAGCGAUGCACUGAGAAGGGCAGAGUCUUACAUUCUGGAGAGAAUACCAUUUGUACUUAAAAUAAAUAAAUAUUGCUGAGAAAUGAA